AUGGUGAACCUGGGCCUGUCCAGAGUGGACGACGCCGUGGCCGCCAAGCACCCGGGACUCGGGGAGUAUGCCGCGUGCCAGGCCGGCGCCUUCAUGAGGGGCCUUCUCGCCUUCGUCGCGGGCACCGGGACGGCUUUUGGCAUGCAGAUGCUCGUGCACAGGAAAUUCCCGUACCCCUUGCAGUGGACCGUGCUGGUGGCCGUGGCCACAGGCUCAGUGGCCAGCUACAGUGUCACGCGAGUGGAGACCCAGAAAUGCAGUAACCUCUGGCUCUUCCUGGAGACAGGGCAGCUCCCCAAAGAUGCAGGUGCAGGUCCUGCCUGUGGAGAGUAG